GCGAGCGCUGGGGCCGGGCCGCGGCCCGGAGCGGAUAACCUCGGGCGGCCCCGCGCAGCUCGGAGUGCGCCCGGCCGUGAAGGCGGCUCAGCUGCGGGCCGCGGAGGAUGUUCGCCCUCCUGGGAGUGACGACCGUGGUUCUGGUCGCCGGGGCGCCGUGGGGGUCGCCCGCAGCGGCAGGCGGAACAAGACUAAAGCCUCCCCAAAAUGUGCACGUCGACAUCAUCGAUGACACCUUCACCCUGCGGUGGGACCGGAGCGGGAGGCCUGCGGGGGCCGUGGCCGUGGCCGUGGCCGUGUCAGCGGAUUACCAAGUACCCGGGACGGUGGAUAACUGGACCAAACUGCCUGGGUGUCAGCGUGUGACGAGUGCCGCGUGCGACUUUUCUUCCCUCAACACGCAUGUUUAUGAGGAAAUUAAACUGCGAGUGAGAGCAGAAGAAGGAAACCAUACUUCUCCGUGGCAUGAGCUUGACCCAUUCAUCCCAUUUCAGCAAGCUCGGAUCGGCCCUCCGAAGGUUCGCCUGGAAGCCGAGGACAAGGCCAUAGCGGUCAGCAUCUCGCCGCCCGGAGCCGAGGACAGCGUCAUGUGGCACCUGGACCGCGGGAACUUCGCGUACAGCGUGGUCAUCUGGAGCAACGCGUCCGGGGCGCCGACAAGGAACGAAACUCUCCACUCCAGAUACCCCAGAAUCAAGAUUCACAAGCUCGUGCCGCAGACCACCUACUGUGUGACCGUGAAGGCGCGCCUGCUCCUGCAGCGGAACCCCGCCGAGUCCAGCCCCGUGCGCUGCGUGAGCACCACAGUGGAAAAUGAGCUGCCUGCUCCCGAAAAUGUGCAGGUCGUUCUGGAAAACCAGGCCUAUGUCCUCAGGUGGAACUACACACGGGACAACGUGACGUUUCAAGCCCAGUGGCUCAACUCCUAUUUGAAAAGGUUCCCUGGAAGCGAUUCAGAGAAGUGGGCGCACGUGCAGGGCUGCGAACGCGCCCCCGUGGCCCGGUGCGCCCUGCCCCGGGACCUGUUCCGGAAGGAGGUGUACUUCCGUGUCCGGGCCGCCCGCGGGAACCGCUCGUCCCCCUGGUCCGAGGAGGAGAAGUUUGAUGCUGGAAGACGAGCGGUCAUCCCCCCUCCGGUCGUGGCCUUGAAGCCCCUGGACAGCCACUCGCUCCAGGUCGCCAUCGGCUUCCCGGACCGGACCGAGUUCCAGUUCUACCUGCUCACCUACGAAGUCAGUUUUUGGGAAAACACUUCCAAUACAGAGAGGACCAUCGUGGAGCAGAAAACCGACUUCCUGGUCCCCGGCCUGAGGCCGCACACGGUGUACUGCGCGGCCGCCCGGGCGCUGCUGGAGGCCGGGCCGAGGAGCCAGCGCAGCGGCCCCAGCAACACGGCGUGCGCCCGGACGGAAGCAGGAGGCGCCCCCGGAGCCUGGCUGGCGGCCGGCGUUAGCGCUGUGCUCGCCGCCCUGCUCGGCCUCUGCGCUGUGGCCGCCCUCGGGAAGCUGGUCCAUUACGUGUUCUUCCCGUCGGGAAAGCCGCCCUCCACCAUCGACGAGUAUUUCCCCGAGGAGCCGGUGAGGAACCUCUUGCUCUCCACGUCCGUGGAGCAGACGGAGAAGUGCUUCAUCAUUGAGAACGCAGACACCGUCUCUGCACACGUGACGCACGUGGAUGAGGAUCACAAAACAUACAACUCCCAGACGAGCCAGGACUCGGGCAACUACUCCAUCGAGGACGGGAGCGCUGAGAGCGGCGGCAGCCACACCGGCGAGGAGCCGGGCCCGCCGGGGGCGGGGACAGGCGCGCGCUCAGCGGGCGGGCGGUUUGCGUGACGCUGGGAGCCUGAGCCCGGCUCCUCCGGGAACUGUCGAGAGGGUCUCGCUUGUGGGAAAAGAAAAAACGCCUUCGGAGCACAGGCCCUCAGCGCGCAGGCUCGCUCCCGGUCUGUUGGCAGGUGAAGCUGCGGGAAUCGGACGCCGUGGAAGAGCAGCCGAGUCGCCCCGACGGCGCUGCCCUGGUGGGACCUGGGGUCCGGUGCCAGCUCAGCCAGGGAGGCCUGGUGCUGCCAGUUACACUGCCUGGUGCCCCGGCCGUGCCUGGCCCGACGCAUCCCCGUCCCCGGAGACAGCAGCCGCUUGGUCUUUGCUUGGGCGCUGACGCGGGCCCUGGGAGACGUCCUCUGACCCCGUUCUGAAGAGGGACUGACUCUGGAAGACGCCCGCCCCGCCCAUGGCUCCGGGGGUUGGGCAUUGUCCGUGCACGGAAAGGCCGCCGGCUCAAUUCCCGGUCAGGGCACAGUGCCCAGUAGGGCCUGCCCAGCACGUGGGCCCCGGGCCUGCCUGCCUGUGUGGGGUGCGCCGGAGGGAAAUCCCCGACGCCCGUUAACACACCAGUGGGGGCAGGCCCCUAAGAUGGGGCGCACGGCUUCAGGGCCUCUGUGGUCCUCGGGGGCCGGCGGCCGGGCAGCAGACAGGCCCGGGUGCCUGCUCACCGGCCCCGCAGCCUCCGUGGUCAGCACAGCUGGCCGGCCUGUUUGCAGCUGACGGGGUUUCUUCUGAAAACCAUGGACUCGGGAGCCCAGGAACCUGCCUCGGAUUCCAGCAGGAAGGGUCUCGGGGAGGCCAGACGGCAUCUGGGAGUGUACACGAGGCUUCUCAGCGCCGCCAGAACCGGCGUGUAGAUUAAUGUAGGCGUGAAUGGCGACACGGCUCCGAACGUCACACUUACACCUGCGCGUGCACACCCACCCGAGGUGGCCCAGGUCCAGAAGCACCAAGUGCAGGUCCGUCAGAAAUCAGCAGCUCAGAACGUCAGCGUCUGGCUGGGCGCGGUUUUAAAAUACAACCUGGGGCGUGCGGCCGGCACGGGAGUGCCCGGGGAUUUGGAGGGUGCACAGACACACACCCGCCCCCACCCCAACUGCCUGGCGCAUCGUGCAUUUGUUUUGUCUGCUGUCUGCCGUGCAUUUGUUUUGUCUUCUGUCUGUCGUGCAUUUGUUUUGUCUGCUGUCUGUCGUGCAUUUGUUUUGUCUGCUGUCUGUCUGCCCUGCCAGGCCGGGCUCAGAGCACGCCUUCCCGGUACCCCGGGGCCCCCGGGGGGCAGGGCCUGCACACAGGAGUGCAGGAAACGUGAUCGCGUGGAUGAAAUGGGACAUUUGAACCCCGUGCGUGCUCUGACAACAUCUGUAUGUUUAUUGCGUUCUGGAAGGACAUACCAACAUUUUUAUGCAAAAAUCUUUUGUACCAAUAAUUUCAUUUGUACUUUUGCCCGAAGCCCUGUUGGUGUAAAUAGUUUUAUAUAAUAAAACUGGAGCCAAAGUCUGA